AUGCUCAGUGGAGAGGGCUGCAAUGAUCCGAAGUGCACCUUCGCCCACAGCAGGGACGAGCUUCGUAGUACGGAGGAUGUCUACAAGACAUCGAUGUGCACUUCCUUCAGAUACGGGAGGUGCCAGAUGGGCAGCCACUGCCGACACGCGCACUUCGAGAGCGAGCUUCGACAACGCAAGGACGAACGAACAGGGGACGAUCAGAGCGUAAGUAAUUCCCAUUACUUUCUGCCCUUAGCAUAA